AUGACCAUCCAAAGUUGCCCCUCUGGGGGAAAUCUAUGGCAAAAAGCCCCUGGCGAUAUAAUAACUGAAAUCCUGGAGGAAACAGAAAAAAAGAAGAAGCUUUGCCUCAAGAAGCGCUGGAAGGUCGAGUUUCGAGGCAAAACCAUCAUCCUUCGCGACUUGCUUGACAAGAUCAUUGAGUGGGCUAGACAGUUCACAGCUAUCGUCGAUGUCGCUGUCCAAUAUGACCCGACUAGCGCUUCACUUCUAUGGGCAGGUAUAAGAUUCCUGUUACAUGUGGCUGUAAGUGACCGCGAAUGUUUCGAAUCGACAGUGUACGGCCUGGAAUCAGUAUCUCUGUUGAUCGCUCGCUAUGUAGUGUUUGAAGUUCUCUAUCUGCAGAAAGGCUCAAUCGUCGAGGCGGAGUUGGAACGCGGGCUUAUCAAUCUGUAUAACCGUAUUUUGACUUUCCUAGCCAAUGGAAUCCGGUAUCCUAGCCAGUCUAUACCAGUCUGUAUGGUGAAAAGCAUUUUCCAAUCUUCUCAGAAUGAGGAAGUUGAUCAGAUAACCAAGUCGGAUGAAGAAGCCCUCAAGUUGGCCCGGAUGGUGGAUUCACAAGCACAGCAGCAGGUAUUACUCCAAGUCAGAGAAAUUCGCAGUAUUGUCAAAACGCUCCAGAGCCCAGUGCACCGGCUAGUAGAUGAAUCGAUGAUAUAUGUAAAGACAAUAGAAGAAGGCAAAUCUGUCAAAAUCUUGCAGUGGCUAUCUUCGGUGCCUUAUACCCAGCACCAAAAGCGAUAUUCUGAUGGCAGACUACCGAACUCUUCUGAGUGGAUCUUUCGUCAUCCGGAGUAUAUUACAUGGAAAGGCUCAAGUUCUUUGUCGAUACUGCUUCUCCAUGGGAUUUCCGGAUCAGGAAAAACACAUCUUGUCACUGCCGUGAUCGAUGUGUUCCUCACUGAGCAUUUACUCAACUCUCUCAGUGUUCCGAUUGCCUACGUUUAA